AUGGCGGCUCCACAGUCUUUCUACGAGCUCUACCGCCGUAGCAGCAUCGGCAUGGCGCUUACAGAUACACUUGACGAUCUGAUCAGCGAGAGACGUAUCGAGCCUCAGCUCGCGAUGAAAAUAUUGGCAAAUUUUGAUAGGAGUAUCACAGAGGUUUUGGCAGAUAAAGUGAAGGCGAGGUUGACGUUCAAGGUAUAUGCGCUCCAUGCUGGAACUGGACAUCUCGACACUUAUCGUUUCUGCGAUGAGGUUUGGACUUUCUUGAUCAAGGAUGUGACAUUCAAGAUGGAGAACUCGAGUCAGUCGGUCACGGCAGAUAAAGUCAAGAUUGUGAGCUGCAACAGCAAGAGGCCUGGUGAUCCUCAGUAA